GCGCGUCCGCCCACAAAAGCCACAGCUAUCUGAGCGUAUCUCCCCCUUUAUAGCCCCAAAAAUGAAAGUGUGAACGAAUAAAAGCGGAAUACGGGAAAAUACAAAGAGUGGCUGCAUUUCGGUGGGCUUGCAGACGGCGACGACGCGCCGGGAGCAGCGGCGGCAAGCGGGCACGGCACAACAGGGGUGUUGUCCUGAUGCUUAAAUGGAAGUGGGUGGGCCUCUUCGCUGACACACUGCAAACGCCGUUGUGGAGACGAUCCUGACAAGGGCUAAAUUGCGCGUUUACGGACGCUCUCGGGACGUGCGACGUGUGUGAGGGGCGCAGCUGCCUUGCAGGGGACGGCCAGAGCUUUCUCCGUUAUUUCUGUUCACCGGGAAGGGGUGGGGGCCGUUCCUGCUGUGUCUCCGCUUGGCACCGCCCUUCCUGGCCGGUGGGUGGUUUCGUCAAAACGGGCAGAUCCGCCACGGCCCGGAGCCCAAGAUAUAGGCCGUCCUCCGCCUCCGUUUUGGGCCGGCCGGCCUUCUACCGUGAACUACACCCUCUCCUCUCCCUCUUGGUAUAUUCAUGCGUUAUGAGUGACUCCAAGAAGGAAUCAGCGGGAACUGAAGGAGGGAAAGCAUCAAAAAAGGGGAAAAAUUCUGGAUCUCAGGACUCCUCUCAGCCCUCUCCAUUGGCUCUGCUGGCAGCCACCUGCAGUAAGAUUGGAGGGCAGGGGGGAGCAGAGGGGUCCCAGAUCCAGACGGGGCCCCAGCAGAUCCAGCUCCAGGCUGGUCAGAUUCAACUACAAGCUGGUCAGCUCCAGGGUCAGAUUGUGGUGGACACAUCUGGGGGCCAGGCCCUGGUUCCCCAGCAGCUGGAACUGGUCCCGGCUCAGUUCACAGGGAACGGGUGGCAGAUCAUUGCAGCACCAGCUACCAUGGCCAAGGAGAACACCAACCAGCCGGUAGCUGUAACAGUGGCCACUACCAUUCCUAAUGACAGCUCACCAGGACGCAAGGUGAAAGCUAUAGCUGGGACCAACAGUGUGGCCGCCAAUCAGCAGCAGCAGUUCCAGAUAAUCCAGGUUCAAAAUCUGCCCAAUGCUGGAGGUGGGGUCCAGUACCAGGUCAUCCCUCACCUGCAGACUGUAGAUGGACAGCAGAUCCACAUCAACCCAGCUCAGCAGGCUUCCAUCGGGGCUUUGCCCGAGCAGCUUCAGCUCAUCCAGAGUCCAAAUCCAGGCCAGGCUCAGGCCAUUCUUCAGACAGCCAACCAGCAGGCUAUCCUGUCAAGUACAACCAAUCAGACGGUCCCCCUGCAAAUCCGUCCAGCUCAGUCUUUCCCCCUGCAGUUGCAGACCCUUCAGGGAUCUCAGACUCCUCUCAUGACCACGGUACCCAUCAACCUUGGUGGCAUGACCUUGGCUUUGCCUGUCAUCAAUAAUGUCGGAGGAGGUGGGGCCGUGCAGCUUAUCCAAUCAGCAGAUGGCACGUUUUCUGUUGCCAGUGGCAACCAGUUGAUGACAACAACAGCGGUCUCUGGGGCGGCACCAACACCAGUUGCCGAAGGUGAUGGCAUGUCAGAGGGACCGCAAUUGGUCUCUGCUGGUAUUGAGGCUGCAGCGACGGAAAAUCAAGCACAAAGCACCGAGGCAGACUCUCAAAGUCAGAAUCAGGCCAAUGGGGUCCAAGGCCAGAUGGACGCACCGGGAACCAUUCAGCAGGUGAUCGUGGGGCAAGUAGGACAUCAGUUAGUGCAGCAGAUUCAGCUGCAGCCCCAGGCACAUAGUCAAACCCAAGGUCAGCAGCAGCACAUUCAGACUCUCCAGCUGGCCCCUGGUCAAACUCUGCAACCCAUUCAGACCUUCCAGAAUCCAGCCCAGGUCCUUAUUCGCACACCGACAUUGUCCCCUACUGGGCAGAUUGCCUGGCAGACGCUCCAGCUCCCAGGGGGUGUCUCCCUCCAGGGCAGCCUGGGAGCGGCAAUGCCACAGCAGCUUACGCUUGCCCCGAUGGCUGGCGGAACAACAGUGGGGAGCGGAGGCUUGGUCUCCCUCGGCGGAACUCCACUCACACUGAGUACAGCUCAGAUCAAUCCAGGAUCUGGCGUACAGACGGUCAGCAUCGCUGGGAUCGGGGGCACCGGGGUUCAGGUGCAGGGCGUGCCCCUCACUAUUACCGGACUACAGGGUCAACCACAAGCGCAGGAUGGUGUCAAACUUCAGUCGUCCCCUGUGACGGUCACCGUGGGGAACGUGGCAUCCAGUUCGUCAAUGAGUCCGGAUCAGUUAGGAUCGGUGCAGAGUUCCUCAGACCAGGAGGGACCGCCCAGCAAGAGGCUCCGGCGAGUUGCCUGCUCCUGCCCAAACUGCAGAGAUGGAGAGGCAAGAAACAGUGGUGACCCCACAAAGAAAAAGCAGCACAUCUGCCACAUGGAAGGCUGCGGGAAAGUGUACGGCAAGACUUCUCACCUGAGGGCCCACUUGCGCUGGCACACGGGCGAGAGGCCGUUUGUCUGCAACUGGAUCUUCUGCGGCAAACGGUUUACCAGAAGCGACGAGCUGCAGAGACACCGGAGAACGCACACAGGAGAGAAGCGCUUUGAGUGUCCCGAAUGCUCCAAGCGCUUCAUGCGCAGUGACCACCUCUCAAAGCACAUCAAGACUCACCAGAAUAAAAAGGGCGGAGCCGCCGUGGCCAUCAUCACCACCGCCAGCAUGGAGGACGACGCCCCCGAGGGCCUCCAGGCUUCCCCUCAAAUCGUCACCGUGGCUACCCUCUCCCGUGACUCCGAGCCCGCAACGCCCACCACCUCCAAUAACCUGGAGGAGGAGGAAGAGGAGGAGUUUGAAUAGGUUGUUUGUCACAGAGACUGUCGGCGUGGCUGUUUUUCUUUUUUACAGACGCUUCAUGAUAAAGAAAAAAAAAGCAUCAUUCAAAUACAGUCAAAAAAAAUGUCUAAAUCGUGCUAACAUCUCUCUAUGCACAAAAUGGUGUACCCGUUUCUUACCUGUCAGACAGGGCUGAGGGUCAAUCAUGGUACAGGACUGUUGCAGAGCCGAGGCAGUCUUGGGAAAGUGUGCGUGUGUGCAAGUCAACCUAUAACCUAUGAUCAGUUUGUGUGCGUGUCAUGAAGAGGAUCUACCUAAUUUGAGUUUUGUCCUCCCAUCUGAUUCAGGUGUGGUUUCCUUUGUGAACUGUUACAAAAGAAAAGGAGAAUUCCUUCAACGAGGAACAAAAAAAAAAAAAGCACAUAUGGAAAGAUUUAUAUAUAAUGCAUUCCUAUUGCGGCAAUGGCCAUUAGAAAAGGUUUCUAUAAAAGAAAACAAUCUAGCUUUCUACAACUAUGUGAGAUGAAAGCAAUACUUUAACGACAAUCUCGUGGAACAUGUUUACAUUGUCAGGGGUUUGGUGGAAACAAAUGAGAGCACACACACACUCGAGUACUAGUUUGGUAAUUCCUGACAUUUCAUCAAUAUUGUGUUUGAUUUCUAGCAGCUGAAAGGGGAGAGCGACGAUAUUUUGGGGUUUCUGUGCUCUUCUGAUUGCCACCAUCACCCUGCUCUGUGACCUACUGCUGCCUUAACACAAGCUGAGGGAAGGUCAGAGCAUGCCAAGUGGGUUGGUGGAUGGGCGGCGGUGAGAUGGAGUGCAAAGUGCAGUGAGCUAAGUGGUUGGUUGUUCAGGCUGUUUAUGUGGUGAUGAGGUGUUUCUGGUGGUGUUGCUCAGUGUUAGUCCAGUGCGUACAGUCUUAUUUACAAGAAAAAUAAUUCAAAAAAAGAUUUGAUAGAAUUUGCUUUCAAAGCCAGCCCGACCCAGUUAACACACAGCAGCCCACUGUGUAAAGCUAAUUUAUUAUCCUUGAUUUUUAAUAUUUGCCUUCUUGCUGGACUUGUAUUUGUGUGUCAGAGUGUUGAUUUUAAAGUUGUGUACACCACAGCAUGUUUUAGUUUUUUUUUUUUUUUUGCUGUAGUAGUAUGACUUGUGUUCCUCCUUGCGCCUUGUGUUUUUCUUCUUUUUGGGAGAAAAAAGAAAGCAAAAAAAUGUGUUUUAAACAAAAAAAAGUUGAUACCAAACAAAUUUAGAUGUUUUUGGUAAUAUUUUGUGUGACAACCAAUUUUUUUCUUUCAUAUUUUCUAGCGACAUCUCAUUUAUAAAUCUUUUUCUAAACUGUGUUCUUCGCCAUGACAUUUGAUAUUGCGUUUUUUGCCAGGUUUGCCUCAAAGGCUGCGGUUUGUGGAGAUUUCUAAAACUGGUUUGUACAAAUGUGUUAUGUCAGUAAAAAGAAGAAAUGAGGAAAAGACCUAACGUCAAAUAGAAAAUAUUAAUUGCUUGCAUAACACGUAACAAUAAAGUGAUUUUAAACAGC